UUUUCUAAUUGAAAUGGUUUAAAUCAUAUUAUUGUUAAUUCGCAGGCAAUCUCUUAAGAAUUUGCCCUUUGGUGUUGGAAGUAUGGUAGAUUUUUAAUGGUUUUCAUCUGUGCUUUCUACUUCCUUCUUGGGGAUUGGGAUAAAUGGCUCAGGGCAAUCAGAGAUGGAAAUAUCUUUAAAAUUCGGAUGGAAGAGUUAGCUUGAAUUAUCAGAACUCUCUUCUCGGUUUCUUGGGAACAUGAAUAAGCAGGAACAAACUACAGCUUGAGAUAGGAGGAAGUUUGAGAAUGCUCCACGCUUUUCAAGGAAGCAUAGAGUAUCUCAGCACAAGCAUCUCAGUGAUUGUAAGACUAUCAGAGAAGUAGCGAGGACAAGGGCAUUUCAUAGCAACAAUGGAGGAGAGAAGGCAAGAUACAUAUUUUUGAGGAGCAAUUAGCAAAGGAAGAAAGUAAGGCUCAUGGGAGUCAUAUUAUUA